UCCUUCAUCAUGAAGCUGCCAUUGGUAAUAUUAGUGUGUGUGGGCGCUGCUCUGAAUGUGGCGGCACAGGAUGGCUCCUAUAUGUUGGAUUCACGAGGUGUGGAGGUGGAGCAGGGACUCCAACCAUCGUCAGAACUCUCCCAGAACCACCAGGCCUUCUCCCAAGCCUUCAAAGAACGCUCUGAAGAGAGAGCCCUGCAAUACAGUCUUGGCCAAGUCGAAUACAAUGAUCCAAACCCGGAGUACGCUUGGGCUUACGAGGUCGACGCCAAAUCAACCGGGGACAUGAAGUCUGCUCGAGAGGAACGUCGAGGUGACGUGGUCGUGGGUCAGUACUCGGUCAUGGACCCCGACGGCUCUCUGCGCGUGGUCGACUACUCGGUGGCUCCCGGCACAGGCUUCCAGGCCACUGUCCGCAAGGAGUACACUGGUGAGGCUUUCCAAGGGCAGGAGCAGAGGCUGCAGGCUCAGGCCAGGCAGUACAGUGCUAUCCAACAGGGAAGCAACUACCAACAGAAUCGCAACCAGUACCAACAGAAUCGUGGCCAGUACUCACAGAACCGCAACCAGUACCAGGAAAACCGUGGCCAAUACUCACAGAACUACGAUGUAAACCGACAGAAUCGCAACCAGUACCAAGACUCACAAAAUCGCAACCAGAACCCGGAAAACAGUAACCAAUAUUCUCAGAACCGCAAUCAAUAUCAACAGAACCGCAAUCAAUAUCAGAGAAACCGCAACCAAUAUUCUCAGUUCAGCAAUGAUUACCAACAGAACCGCUAUCAGAACCAGCAGAACUACAAUGAGUACCAGCUGAAACCCAUUCAGUAUUCUCAGAAUAUCAACACGUACCAACAGGACAACAAUCAGAAUCAGCAGAACCGUUACCAGUUUUCACAGAAUCGUAACCGAUAUCAGCAGAACCGCAAUCAAUACUCCGAGAACUUUAAUGCAUACCAGAACCGCAAUCAGUACCAACAGAAUCGCUACCAAUACCAGUACCAACAAAACCAGGACCAAUCCUAUCAGAAUCGCGAUCAGUCCUACCAGAACCGCGAUCAGUCCUACCAGAGCCGUAACCAGUACCAGCAGAACCGCGAUCAGUUCUACCAGAACAGCGACCAGUCCUACCAGAACCAGUAUCAACAGAAUCGCAAUCAGUACCAACAGAACCGCAAUCAGUACCAACAGAACCGCAAUCAGUACCAACAGAACCGCAAUCAGUACCAACAGAACCGCAACCAGUACCAGCAGAACCGUGAUCAAAGCCUUUCCAGUCACAACAACAAUAUCAGGUACAACUUCCAGCGUUAUGGAACCAACCGCUUUAAUCAAAACCUGAACCGCCCUUCCCCCAGUCUCUACAGUCAGAACCAAAACUACCUGGCUCGCUAUGGAUCCGGUUCUCAGAACCAGUACAACAACCACUUCUACAACCAGUACAACACCCAACUGAACAGGGACCAGCAGAACCAAGGGUACUCUCCAGUCAGCGUGGUUCUCGCGUCCUCAAGGAACUAA